CCGACGUGUGCGCCUUCCCGGGCCCCGCGCGUCGGGCGGAGCCGGCCAGCCCCGGGGGCCGCGGCGGGGGGACCAUGCCGCCGGGCGGCCCGUGACUGGACCAUGGCCCGCUCGCUGGCCUGGCGCUGCUGCCCCUGGUGCCUGACGGACGACGAGAAGGCGGCGGCGCGCCUGGACCAGGAGAUCAGCCGGCAGCUGCUGGAGCAGAAGCGGCGCGAGCGCGGCGAGCUCAAGCUCCUGCUGCUGGGCCCGGGCGAGAGCGGAAAGAGCACCUUCAUCAAGCAGAUGCGCAUCAUCCACGGCGCCGGCUACUCGGAGGAGGACCGUCGGGGCUUCCGGCCGCUGGUCUACCAGAACAUCUUCGUGUGCAUGCAGGCCCUGCUCGAGGCCCGAGAGCGGCUGUGCAUCCCCUUCAGCAGGCUGCAGAGUGAACGCCACGCCAGCCUGGUCAUGAGCCAGGACCCCUACAAGGUGACCAGCUUCGAGAGGCGCUUCGCCGUGGCCAUGCAGUACCUGUGGAGGGAUGCGGGCGUCCGCGCCUGCUACGAGCGCCGGCGGGAGUUCCACCUGCUGGACUCGGCCAUCUACUAUCUGUCGCACCUGGACCGCAUCGCUGAGGAGAGCUACAUCCCCACCGCACAGGACGUGCUCCGGAGUCGCAUGCCCACCACUGGCAUCAAUGAAUACUGCUUCUCCGUGCAGAAAACCAACCUCCGGAUCGUGGAUGUCGGAGGCCAGAAGUCGGAGCGCAAGAAGUGGAUUCACUGCUUCGAGAACGUAAUCGCCCUCAUCUACCUGGCGUCGCUGAGUGAGUACGACCAGUGUCUGGAGGAGAAUAACCAAGAGAACCGGAUGAAGGAGAGUCUGGCCCUCUUCGGCACCAUCCUGGAGCUGCCCUGGUUCAAGAGCACGUCGGUCAUCCUCUUCCUCAACAAAACCGACAUCCUGGAGGAGAAGAUCCCCACCUCGCACCUCGCCACCUACUUCCCCAGUUUCCAGGGCCCGAGGCGGGACGUUGAGGCCGCCAAGAGCUUCAUCCUGGACAUGUACACCCGCAUGUACGCGGGCUGCGCCGACGCCGACGGGGACCGGAAGAGCGCGCGCUCCCGCCGCCUCUUCAGCCACUACACGUGCGCCACGGACACGCAGAACAUCCGCAAGGUCUUCAAGGACGUGCGGGACUCCGUGCUGGCCCGCUAUCUGGACGAGAUCAACCUGCUCUGACCCGGGACCCCAGACCCCUGCCCCCAUCAAUACGGGACCCGCAAGCACGGGCACUGCCCCGUGCUCCUGGUGCUGCCUGGUGGCCACUGAGAGCAACCAGGGAGUCCAGGGAGCAGAUCGCUGCCCUCUGCCUUCUCCACGUCCCGGGUGGUCGGCUCUUGACUCAGUUUCCCUCUCUGUAAAGAGGGUGUGCAGUUAACCCUCCCGGAGGCCAGGGUGGCAGAAAAGGUGACCAGAAUUCAAAAACUUGAGAAAUACCUCCUGGGCAGGGUCUCGGGUGAUGCAGCAGACUGCCCAGGAGGGGGGCGUGGCCCUUCAGGAUCGCGGGCUCGGGAGCCCCCUAGCGGCGCGGUGGCGGCAUGGUCCCACCUCCGGUCUGGGCCACACCCACUUCCCUUUUCUGCGUAGGGGAACAGGGAAGAAGCCUUGGGGACCCAUCAGGCCUGUCCAGAGUCUCGUGACUCCAAUUUUGUCUUGCUUGAGUCCGCACGAGGGAAAUCGAGGAGGGGGCCAGGCAGGCGUGUGCCGUCUACAGCCUUCUGGAUUUAUUACCUCCUCUUCCCGGCCCUCACUGUGGGCUGGACUUUAAAGAUGCAAGGCUGAAGCUCUGUCUCUUUCUGGCACGGGCUUUUGUUAGGCCCCUGUGUAGGUCCCCGUCAUCGGGGAAGUGGAGUUAACCGGUCUGCCUAGGCCCAGGGCGGGGGCACGUCUGAACCCACCCUGUGGCCACCCCACUUCCAAACUGCAAUGCCAACCAUCCCCCAAUUUCUGUACAACCCCGAGUUUACAGAUGAGGAAACAGAUGGAGAAAUGAAAGAUUUUGCUUGUCUCUUUGGGGUGGGGGGGCUCACCUGGCGAUGUUCAGCGGUUACUCCUGGCUCUGCAUUCAGGAAUCACUGCUGGCAGUGCUUGGGAGCCUAUGGGAUGCUGGGGAUUAAACGUGGGUGGAUUGUGUGCAAGGCAAGUGCCCUCUCUGUUGUACUAUCCCUGGGCCCUGAAAAUCUGAGUCUGACACAUACUCAAGAGUUGACACAGUCAAGAAUUCUGUGCACUGAGUAUGUUUUAAAAAAUCUCCCCCCAAAUAAUGCUGCCUUUUGGUCUGAAUUUUGAGGUGCCCCAUGUUGGGUACCAGUUGUCUUGAGUCACCAUCCCGUGGUGACCGGGGUCCACUGGUUCGUUCAGGGCCAAUGACUGUCUCCACAUCCGAUGGACAAAUGAACAGAUCCACAGGCUGGUAGCAGUGACACUUUAUUCAAAUCUCCCAGCAGCAUUAUAGAGAAAUCGUGAAGGGUUGGGGGCAGGAAUUACAUAUAGGUGUGGCUGAACAUUAACACAAACAAUGAGCAAAUGUAAAGCCCUCCUGCAGGGGGAAUCCUUGGAGAUUCACCUAAGGAUGGGAUUCCAUCUAGGGGCUCCAAGACUCUAGAUUUCUUCUAGGAGAUCUGCCCAAGGGCGGGACACCAUCUAAGGGCAUAUUGCUUUCUCCUUUCCUUUACUGGUAAUCCAUUUAAAUAAUCAUUAAAUUUACUUCUAAAUAAUAUUUCUAGUUAUUUUGUAUAAACACAGUAAGAGAGAUAGUCUUUUAUCUGUACCCUAGAUUAAACUUAAAAUGGUUUCUCUGGACUCAUUGUAAAGGGUUGCUUUUCCUGGGGACAUCUCGCUAUAUUUCCCAGCUAUAGUCCUCAGACCAGGUGAGUUUGUCCUAACUCCAAUAGGGUCCUUAUUCAAUUAUUUUUUUGGGGGUGAUGUCAGAGUUUGUUCCAUGACCAUGCUAUUAACUUAUACUUCUUAUGGCACGUUAGGCAGUCCCAGGUCAAAGGUAGGGUAGCUUACGGCUUGCCCCAGGUCCAUCCAACCUCUUGGUGGGAAGUAAGGUCCAGCUAAGGACAACUGAGGCUUAAGUCAAGUAAAUAUGACAGAUGCCCAGGAGUCAAAAUUCAGAGUCAGUUAACGCCCAUAUUACAAAAUCAAAGCACUAACUGUCUUCCUGUGUUCAGACAAAAAGGACAUUGCUCUAAAAUUAAAAUAUGCAUAGGACAGAAAGGAAAGAGAAAAGUACUAUUUCACUUACACAAAAUCCAGAGCCAUCAGAAGGUUUGAUUUACGAGUUACCAUGUUUGAUAUGAAGAUAUUUGUGACCAACCGGGAAAGAAGAACACAAAGGAGAGGUUAAAGAUAAACACAGAGAACUGGGAGUGCCCCGAUGGAAUUGGAUGUGCCUUGGGAGCACUGUGGUGGGUGUAACUCAAUUAACCUAAGCUCCCUGCUGAGGAGAAAGGACAACCCAAUGUUAAGCCUAAAAUGCUUGGAACUAUAAUUCAACACUUUUUGUUUCAUGCUGUUAUUGUUUUUGGCUUUGGGGCCACACCUGGUGGUGCUCAGGACUUAGUCCUGGCUCUGCACUCAGGGAUCACUCCUGGCAGUGCUCAGGGGACCCUACGGGAUGCCAGGGAUAGAACCUGGGCUGGCCGUGUGCAAGGCAAGCGCCCUCCCUGCUGGACUGUCGCUCUGGCCCAUUUGACCCGCUUGUAUCAACCCUCCCUCCAUCGGAGCCAGUUUGAAGUUUGCUUGUGGGCUGGUUGUUGUUACACAUCUUCAGGCAGAACUUCUCAGAGGCCAGGAGGGGCCAUUUCCUUUGCUUCGUGUCUGUGUGUGUGUGUGUGGGGGGUGGUCACACCCUGUAGUGCUUAAGUGUUACUUCUGGCUCGGCACUCAGGGAUCACGCCUAGUGGUGCUCGGGGGCACUAUAGGGAGUUGGGAAUCGAACCCAGGCCAGCUGCAUGCAAGCGCCCUCCCCUCUGUACUAUCGCUCCUGUCCCCCAGAGCAAAACUUUUUAGCAGUAGCAUGCUUUCAUAAAGUUUUCCCCUGCUGGGUAAUUGGUUGCCCAGAACUAAGGACCCAGACAGGAAAGAGGGGAGAAAGGUCAGGUUCUUGCCCGCAUUUGGCAGUUUUCAGAUGAGUUAGUUCCCCAAACUACAGUCAAGAGGUUGCCGCCACCCCAUUGAUUGUGACUUUUACACAAUGGAGUGUUUCUUUCUGACCAGCAAAAUCUCUUUGACCGCUAACCCCUUUGCCAAUGGCCCAACAGUCCCCUGUGGCCAAAUCCUGGAACCCUAGAAUGCUCAGGGCCCGCCCUCCUUGUAGCUUCCCACCCUGCCCUGGGCCAACUAGCCCCUGGUUCCUGCUAAGCAGGAUCUCACCACAAGUGAAGAAAUCCAUCUUUUCUUCAUCUCUCCUUCUAUUUUGAAAACAUUUCAGACCUACAGAAAUUGCAAAACUGCUUACAAUGAGCUCCUAUCAAUCCUUCAUCUAAGUCUGGGGUCAGCAAACUAGUUGCUCCAAGCCUAUGUUUUUGUCAAUAAAGUUUUAUUGGUACAUGGCUAUACCCAUAUUUACAUACCCUCCCACGGUUCCACUCCCUCCUCUAAAACCUGCUAGCCUCAAUAAAGUUUUAUUGGCACCCAGCCAAGCCCACUCAUUUGCCUGGUG